GACGUUUACGGAUGUAAAUGGAGGAGAGCCGUUCUGCUGCUGUUACACAAGUCUUACAGGGAAGGAAGCAAAGAUGAGGGUUUCCACCAGUCAGCUGCAGCAGCUCACCAUCUUCACCACCGUGCUGACCGGAGCUGGGAUUGGCACCAUGUACUAUCUGAUGCAGAAGAAAUUUGUUGAGUCAGACUAUCACAGACUGGCUCUGCAGAAGUUGGAAGCAUGUUCAGUUGCCAUGGAAAGCCUGGGGGCCCCACCAUUAAAAGUCCACAACAUCCAUCUGACUGACAGAAACAACCGCAUAGAUCAACGCACUGCACAGAUAAAGAUCCCUGUGACCGGGUUACUAACUGGAGGUUAUCUCUAUACUUCUUCAAUCAGAGACACUGAUACCAACAGGUGGAGUCUGAAGCAGGCAGUUCUGAAGCUCAAGGAAGGACAGAUCAUCGACCUGCUGAAUCCACCUCCACCAGCUGCAGCACAAACCCAAGAUACAGUGGAGGGGCUGGACACAGGCCACUGGCACUGACCAGCUCCAUGUAUAAUUGAGAACAAUCAAAGUGGAAGCCAUCCUGCUCCUACCGCUAAUGACUAGAGAUCUGAUCAACUGUAAUAAUAUAGGUACAUAUAGGUAUAUUUACCAAAUGGCAAAUCCUCAACUCCAGUGUCAUGUUGGAGAGACAGUUACUCAGCUCUGUGAUUGUUACUGAGCUGCUAACAGACUGCCCCGGAUUGUUGUGUUGUCUCCAGGUUUGGUUUUGAUAAAUAAUGUGGUGCAGCACUAACUGUUGUGUUAUUGCUUCUCUUUUCUUUUAUAAUGAAUUUCUUUCAAAGUAUGAUGUGCCACAGGUCCAGACCUGCAAGAGCAACAGUGUUGAACAUGUAUCAAGGAGUAUUUUGCCUUCUAAUAUAUAAAAUACCCUCUCGUCAUCCAUUAAUUCAUUUUUCAAACAAAUUGCCUUGCAUAUAGCAUGACAAAGUCCUGCGGUUUCGCUGCCUUAAUUUACCACAGCUUCCUGCUUCCUUUGCAGAUGUAUUUAAGGGAAAUGUCUUCAAAUAAUGUCUUAAAAUAAAAGCAGGUUUGUCUUAGUGAGGGAAGGUACAGGAAAAGCAUGCUCUGAGUGUGUUUGGUUUCAUGAAGGAAAUAUAUUGCAUAAGACAGUCAAAGCAAAACAAUAGUGAUUUAAACACACAGGACUUUACAGGACGUAAUGGCCCAAACACACCGAACCAACAUGGAAGAACCAGCAAUGAUAAAGGCCAAGUGCAGCGUUGCCUCACGUCACCUGUGUCUCAGCCAAAAAUUUGCACUUGAACGGACUGCAAAGAUCCCAGCCCAUGGCCAACUGGCAUCUUUUGUACACCUGCGUGAGAGGAAAUAAUUCUCUACGUGUAUUUCUCACUAAAAAACACAAACCAGAAGACAAACAGGACAGACUCAAGGUUCCACUUAGCCAGUUAGCACAUUGAUAACACAAUGCUGUGUUAAAAGAACAAAUGAUAUUUACCAUGCGCUCACCAACGGGCUUUACCGUCUCCACCGCUGAUUUAACAUGCUGAAUUGGCCAAAUUAAAAAAAAAAUUAAACAGGGGCUAUCCAGUGCCAUGGGCGCGGGACACCCAACAAAAACUUGUUGGCAAUAGAUGCUCACUGAUGGCCCGACAUUGACCAGAUUGGUGUGUUAGGGCCCUUAAAACCAAUGUUGGCCAAGGGCAUAAAGUGAUGAGCCAGAGGCCCCUGUCCCUACUUCCCAACCCCUUACCUCUGGUGCCUUUGCACGGACCACACCCAACCAAUCUUUGAAUCCUGCCUUCAGUGUGAUCUCAACUACACACCUGUUAAGUCUUUAGAUCCAGGGGUGUAAAGCGGGGAGCCUGUGGCUCCUCCCCUGCUUCCCGCCACAAUAAGUGUCUACAUUUCAACAUGAUGACACACACAGUCACGAGGUGAAAAAAAAAAGGCCAUUGUGACACUGUUGCUGCUGGUAAUUACGUAAAUGCAAACUAGCAAUAGAUGAGCUGUACAAAAGCAUCUUCUCUGAAAACACUAUUGUUCGAGUAUUUAAAUAAAGUAUGGGUUAAAGCCUUUUUACAACUUGAUGGCUGCAUUAGAGAACAGCAGCUAUAGUUAUGUGUGGGGUGCUGAAAUCAAAUCAUUUCACAUCCUCUGUUUGUUUAGCUUUCAUCUCAAGCUAAUGUGGCGGCCUCCUCAGUAACUUGUUUUAGAAUCCAAGAGGCUUUCUCAGCUCUGAACUGAAGAAGCCACUUGGGUGAGAGGUGAAAACAUCUUCAAGAAACUCAAGCAAGUCUAGUUGCCUAUGACGUAGCACUUAGGGUGUCAAAAGUUCUGUUUCUGCUUAUUGUUACACAAUGAAUAGGCUGACUUAGCAGAAACACAUUUCCCUUCACUUCUCAGUGUGAGCAGGGGAGCGUCUGCUGGGAACUGUGUUAUCUAUGUGAAGAAAAAGUUUGAUAAAUGCAUUUGACAUUUUGAUCGCUACACCUUAGCAAGUUGCAGCCAUACAGCUGAACAAUAAAAAAACCUCAACCACCCACACAAAAUAACAGGUUUCGUGGUUUAGUUUCUUCCUUAGAACUGAAGCCACCGGAGAGGAUGUGUGUUUGCAGAUCAGCUGUUGCUGCUUGCCAACGGAAGUGGCUUCUAGUCUUAGUCACAGGAUGAAAAUGUAUCAUUCAGAUCAAAUCAAGUUUUAUGCUGAUAGGUUUUCAGUGGGACCCACAGGUGGUCAUUUGACUUGGUUCCCAAUUAAAUUUCUGUUUUUUUAAUAAAGUGUAGUGUCGAA